AUGGCUCAGCGUGUCACCAUCCGCAAGCGCACGCCCUACAACACCACCUCCAACCGCAGGAGGGUUGUGAAGACCCCCGGUGGCAAGCUCGUUGUCCACCACAUCAAGAAGCUUGCUUCUGCCCCCAAGUGCGGUGACUGCGGUGAGGCUCUUGCCGGUAUCCCCACUCUCCGCCCCCGCCAGUACGCCACUCUCUCCAAGCGUGAGAAGACCGUCAACCGCGCCUACGGUGGAUCCGUCUGUGCCACUUGCGUCAAGGGCCGCAUCACCCGCGCUUUCCUCAUCGAGGAGGCUACCAUCGUCAAGCGCGUCCUCAAGGCCAAGGCCGCCGCCUCUAAGAAGUAG